GUGUCAGUCUUCAUUUCUCGACCUUUCUCUGGUUCUUCCUCUUCGCUUAAUCGCCACCCGCCGCUGCCGUUGGCACCUUAUGAACACCGUCGCCACCGCCGCAACGCCGCCGCCGAUGCCUCCGUCCUCCAAAACUCUGCGGGUGGUGAUCAAAGGGCGGGUGCAGGGAGUGUUCUUUCGUGAUUGGACGAUCCAGACCGCCCGGGAGCUCGGGCUCAACGGUUGGGUGCGCAACCGCAGGGACGGCUCCGUGGAGGCCCUCUUCUCUGGCGAUCCCACCGCCGUCGACGAGAUGGUCGAGAGGCGCUGCAGGGUCGGCCCGCCCACCGCCGCCGUCACAGCCCUCAGUGCCUUCCCCUCCGAGGAUGAUCCAGGUCAAGGAUUUAAACGGAAACCCACGGUCUAGGCACGACUAAAUCAAAGAAUUGUGAACGUAUGCUUUUCCCCUUUGGUUCAUUGGCAAAAUAGGUUUCUCUAGUAUUAUUCCUAGAUGAUUUAAUUCAACUUAUUUUCUUAAAUUUUUGAUCCAAGUGUUCUCUACUUCCUAUCGUUUAUGCUGUGUCUUUCCUUAGAUUGCAACAACUCUACUUUUGUCAAA